UUUCCGUCUUUGCUUUUAGCCAAGACGCAGGCGCAACCCGUAGCUGCUGCGGGAAUCUUUAUGAGCCUUCCGGUGGGUACAACCAAUCCGUGUACAGAGAAGCGGGGCGGACCGAGAAGAGCGGAGGGAGUUCUGAGAGCCUCUGCCGCCACUGCCGCGGCAGGGGCGUGGAGGCCACGGGGCGACCCAGUCCGCAGUUGCAAACAUGGCUCAGAGCAGAGACAGCGGAAACCCCUUCGCCGAGGCCGGGGAACUUGAUAAUCCCUUUCAGGACCCAGCAGUGAUCCAGCACCGACCCAGCCCGCAGUAUGCCACACUUGACGUCUACAACCCUUUUGAGGCCCGAGAGCCACCACCAGCCUAUGAGACUCCUGCUCCUGCCCCUGCCCCGUUGCCUCCACCCUCGGCUCCCCCCCUGCAGUCCUCCAGAAAGCUCAGCCCCACAGAACCUAAGAACUAUGGCUCCUACAGCACCCAGGCUUCGGCUGCAGCAGCCACAGCUGAAUUGCUAAAGAAGCAGGAGGAACUCAACCGUAAAGCAGAGGAGUUGGACCGGAGGGAACGGGAGCUGCAGCAUGCUGCCCUGGGGGGCACAGCUACUCGACAGAACAAUUGGCCCCCUCUGCCUUCUUUUUGCCCAGUUCAGCCCUGCUUUUUCCAGGACAUCUCCAUGGAGAUCCCCCAAGAAUUUCAGAAGACAGUAUCUACCAUGUACUACCUCUGGAUGUGCAGCACUCUGGUUCUUCUCCUGAACUUCCUGGCCUGCCUGGCCAGCUUCUGUGUGGAUCCCAACAAUGGCGCAGGCUUUGGGCUCUCUAUCCUCUGGGCCCUCAUUUUUACUCCCUGUUCCUUCGUCUGCUGGUACCGCCCCAUGUAUAAGGCUUUCCGGAGCGACAGUUCUUUCAAUUUCUUUGUUUUCUUCUUCAUUUUCUUCGCCCAGGAUGUGCUUUAUGUCCUCCAGGCCAUUGGCAUCCCAGGUUGGGGAUUCAGUGGCUGGAUCUCUGCUUUGGUGGUGCUGAAAGCAAACACGGCCGUAGCUGUGCUCAUGCUGCUGGUUGCCCUGUUCUUCACUGGCAUCGCUGUGCUGGGAAUUGUGAUGCUAAAGCGGAUCCACUCCUUGUACCGCCGCACAGGAGCCAGCUUUCAGAAGGCCCAGCAAGAAUUUGCUGCUGGUGUUUUCUCUAACCCUGCGGUGCGAACCGCUGCUGCCAAUGCAGCUGCUGGGGCUGCUGAAAAUGCCUUCCGGGCCCCCUGAUCUCCACCUGGGAUGCCCUGCCCUGCCACUUGAGGGAGAUGACUUCGCCCCCAUCCCCUGAAGUCUCUGGGACUGAGAGAUCACUACUUGAUAUCUCCUCAAUAGUGCUCCCAAUCCCACGGCCAUGACUGCUGAUCCUGACUUAGGGGUGCUGGAAGCCCACUGUGACUCAGUCACUGCCUUCUCCUCACGUCCCAAUCAGGCCACACUGCUGCCACCUCUUACACACCCAGCCCAACUUACCCUCUGCUGUGCCAAGGCUAUUGCUUCGGUUAUUUAAAUAAAAAGAAAGUGGAACUGGAACU